AUGAAAAAUUCUUACGAUAUUGAACCUUCAAAUACUAACUCAAUUAUAAUUAGUGGCCGACUUUAUCAGAUGUCUGGGAACAUUUUGAGCGCGGAGAAAGAGUUUCUAAAAGAGAAAUAUGCAGCGACUUGUAUGUAUUACAAAAGAAAAUGGACAAAAGGUUCUCCACAAAACAUGUUAAAUGAACGUGUAGUUUGUCCAGAUGAAAUUAGAUGGCUUUG